GAGCAGCCGGAAAACAGGCCGGGGGAGCGGGGCCAGCCCAGCACGGAGUCUCUGCGCCGCAGCGGGCUCGUAGCGGGGGAGCGGUCCCGGGGCGCUGCGGGGUGGCAGGAUGCAGCAGGGCGCGGCGCCGGCCGUGCUGGUCACCAGCAGGCAAAUUCAGAAUGCUCACACAGGGAUAGAUUUGUCAGUGCCAAAGUACCAGGAAAUCCGUGGGAAGAUGAUGUCCGGCCAUGUGGAAUAUCACAUUGUAGCUGUUACCCGACUGGCUGCAUUCAAAUCAGCAAAGCACAAACCUGAAGAUGUGGUUCAGUUUAUGGUCUCUAAGAAGUACAGUGAGAUUGACGAGUUUCACCAAAAGCUGAUUGCCCACUACCCACAGGCAUCUCUUCCACCAUUACCCAGGAAAGCUCUGUUUGUCGGGGAAUCUGAUAUCCGAGAACGAAGAGUGGUAUUCAAUGACAUCAUGAGGCUCAUCGCCAAAGAUUUGGAACUAGCAACAAGUCCUGAAUUACUGGAAUUCUUAGGGACAAAAUCUACAAGUGUCAUUGACUUGAAAGGUAAAAAUGUUCCGGAGGAGGAGGAGGAUGAAGAAAAUGAAGAGUUAGAUUUCUUCAAAGAGGAGAGGACAUCCGACAUAAUCCCUCCGUUUGAGUUAGUAAAAGAUCAAGAUGCCAAAAAAGAGGAGGAAGAGGAGGAAGAUGUAGAUCCUCUUGGCAUAAUCAGAUCUAAAAAACCUAAGAAGCCCGCACCUCCUGCAGCCAAGGAAGACAAGCCCAAGUUAACCAUUUUCGAUGAGGAAGUAGAUCCUGAGGAAGGAUUAUUUGGCCCAGUAAAAGAUUUUUCAUCUUCCAGUUCCAAGAAGAACUCGUCAGCCAAAGAGAGUCUGAAAUUAUUUGAGGACCCAGACCUCGGUGGGACUGUUAAACUAGGCGACUCUCUACUGCUGCCAACAGCCUGUGAGAACAAGGGCUAUACUCUAAGUACGAGCCUCAAAGAGGACACAGAGGAGCUAUUGAGGGUUGAAGAGGAUUUAGAGAGGCUCUGGAGAGUGAGUUCCAAGCCAAAACCCAGGCUGCCACGUAAACCGGCAUUGCUUAAGAAGCCAUUAAUCCCCACUAAGAACAAUGUUAGUCCAGCCCCUCCAGCAAAGCCGAAAGAGGACAAGAUUCAAACCAUGGAUGAGGUAGACAUUCUCCAGUACAUUCAGGACAAUGAAUCUAUCAGCAACCAAGACAUGAGUCUCUUUUGAAGAGUUUAUUUCUUUUUUGUCUUCCAAGGCUGCCUUAUCCAAGCGCCAUUGACCUCGUAUGUGAGGGAGGCAGGAGUUAGCUCGCAUCCUUCAUUGUCACUACAUUUGUCAACCUGUCAUGAUUAGGAGAGCAGCAAGUCUGAUUAUUUCACAGGCUCUAAGUGGUAAAGAGUUUAUGUUUCUACACAGUGCUAUUAUGGUCUAAUGUUGCCUUAUAUUUUCAGGGUUUUUUUUAAGAGGUGUAGAAAAUAUACAACACUAUAGAUUCUGUGUACUACAGUCAUGUCAAAUUAUUGUAACAUUAAUAUAGCAUAGCUUUGGGUAACUGAUUACUAGACCGAAAGGGCUAGAGCAAACAGCAUAGGCUACAAGCAUGAAUACAGUCUAGUGGGGCCCCCUUCACACCAUUAGCUGAAUAAGAGACUAUGUUUCAGUUAACUGAAAAUGUGAUCCUUUUUCUCUUGUCCAUCCUUGUAGCAACCUGCCCUCCCUUGCUGUCAUUUCAAUGAGAUGCAGCCACUUAAUGCUUCUGUGGAUACACUAAAAUCAGCCUUUGUAGUUCAGAGAGAGGUUAAAAUCCCAGUUCCUGACCGUUCUUCCCCUAUUCAGGCACUCACUGAGUCCCAGAGAAAGUUGUCCCUACCCCCAGUAUAGAUACAGCCAUAUAGUGUCAAUGUCUUGUCAUACACAAAUUCCAGCUCAAUAGUGAAACAGGGCUAGACACUGCACAUCUACGUCCAGAUUUUCCGACUACAGCUAGUCAGCACAGGAACAGGGUGCAGAGUUAGCAAAUGACUGGAGAUGUAUUUCAGGCCAUCUGUAGAUACACAGACACUGAAAUGUGUAGGAAGUUUGGAUCUUUUUCCAUCUAAAUUUCAGGGCUUGGACCCAUCUCUAUAAAGACAUGGGAGUGGAAUGAUGCGAAAUGGAGGUCCCUUCGGUAUCUGUUUAAUUUUUCUAGCCAGGCAAGAGCAACUUCGGGGUGAUAAAAGACAUUUUUAAAAAAAAUCAGAAUAUUUUGGCAAAAUUUUAGUGCCUGUGAAAAGUAAUUAAUUAACCUAGCACCUCAAUGUCUCCAGCAAUGAAAUGCUAGUAUAUUUAAGCCAUGUCACACACCCCAAAUCUGCCUUUUUAAUGCAUAACAUAAUAAAAAGCCUAUAAAGCACUUUAAUAUAUAUUUUUUAAUAAUGACCAUGUUCUCUAUUCAUAAUUUUCUCUUUAUUCCAAAAGAUAAUGUAUUCAGUAAUUUUUGUUUACGGAAACAAAAAAAUCAAUAUUAGAUAUGAACCGUGUAAAAUAAGAUUCACUAUAAUAAAAUGACUUGCUAACCGGUAAGUACUGUUCUUUAU